AUGGCAGCCGAAGCCGACGGUCAAGAACGGGAUCGUCCUGAGCCUCUCGUCGCGUCAUUGAUGCACCGCAGCGAAACGCCAGACACGGAGCACGCCCGCCCACGGAAACGGACCCGUAGGGCUUGUGAUAAGUGCAGUGCCUCGAGGACGCGAUGCGAUGGAGAAUGUCCUUGUCGCCGUUGUGAAGACUACGGAUAUACCUGUCGUUACAAUCGCGAAGUCAAGAAGCGAGGUCGAUUGCCAGCCUCGGCCACUGCCAACAACCACAACACCAACGGCAGCAGCACCAAUGCCCGAAGAGACUCUUGGCCUCAAUCACAUCGACGAGGCAGCAUUCGAAACGAUUCAAACCUGGGCCGUAGCAGCAAUGGCAAUAGUAACAGCAACAGCAACAGCAAUGGCAUCUCCCAGGCGUCAUGCUCAUCUCCAUCGGCAAGCAUCAGCUCUAGCACCGUUGGACAGCAUCCUUUUGCCGACACAGUGGAUGCAACGUCGGCCGGUCCCGAAAGUGUAACCUUGGAUCAGCGGGAUCAGGUCACUGUACCUGACGCUCGCCAAGACAUGCUGCACUCCAUCAGUCAGCCUUACUCUUCAGGUCGAACUGCUCCUCCACUCAGCGUCCCGUCUCUUAUCCAAGUCGGACUUCAACCGCCUCCCCCCCAGCGUUCUUCCAUAGGCAACUCCCUAUCAGUCAGCGUGUUUGACGGACAGUUUGCUGACUCAGAGGUCGUCCUGUCUGAUGAAAGCGCUGGCUAUCCCUCACCAGUUAACGGACGGGCACCUAUCGAGGCUGGAAGUGCUCGCCAGCACAGAGGCUCCUUCAAGUCGACGCCUAGUCAUGAACGGAACCGAGAGUCGUUUAGCACCGCUGCGACUGGCCAUGAUGCUGCAGGUCUCAUGUUGGACUUCUUUCACAAGGCCCCAAACGAGGACUGCUGGUACAAGUUUCUUGAGCCAAUCUUGCCAUACAUCCGCAACAUCAUUCCCGCCUCUGUUGCGUGCGAUUUGCUCGACAUUUUCCUGACCGAUCCGGGGAGCUCCUUGUUUCGUGUCGCAUCUCCAUACAUCUUGACCAGAGUUUUUCGUAAAAAGUCUAUUGUACAUCCAACGAAUCCCAGAUAUACCACACCAGCGUUGUUGGCAACAAUCCUAUGGUGUGUGGCACAGACUGCUGAUGUCAUGAUGCUGCAUGUUCCGGGCUCAAGAGCCAAGGUUGUCAACGACUUGUACGACUUGGCAACAUCUCUAAUAUCCGAACGUGAUCCAGAUCGAUGGCGUCGAAUUCAUGGCGGCCUCCGAGCAGAAAACGAGACACCCCAUCCUCGGCUCCCCAAUGCUCCAACCGUGCCAAAGACCACGGUGAAUAACGAACCGGCUGGCGAGACUGACGAUGUCCUGACCUUUAUCCUUCUCUCCAUUGCUGUCUCGGGCUCUGACUUCAAGUCGGACUGCUACAAAUGGUGGUCCAAGGCAACACGGUUGGCCUUUUCGCUGGGUCUACACCGAGAGGAUGAGCAAUGUGCCGGACCUGUGACCCCUUGCGCAAACCCCCUUUGCUCAUGCAAGAAAGAUCAAGAUGGCAGUAUAUAUAAUCUGGAGCUACGAGAAGAGCGCCGAAGAGUCUUUUGGCUUCUAUAUGCGCUGGAUCGCCAUCUAGCCCUGUCUUUCAACUCAGCUCUGACGAUACCUGACUCUUAUUGCGAAGUUUAUUCCCCGUUGCCUGAAGCUGUUUGGGAAAACCUCGAUACAAUCCCACCUAGCGAAAUCCCUGCGCGAAGGGUCGGACCGCCAACGACAGCCUCUGGAUCUGCCUUUUUCGAAUACUUUUUGCCGCUCAUGGCGAUACUGGGCGACAUUAUAGAAGUCCACCACAGGCGCCGUCAUCCAAGACUGGCAGGUCUCGACGACUCGCACUCUGUAGCCAUGAUUCAGGAACUCCUUUCCACGUACGAGCUCAGUCUUGCCGCUCUCUCUCCAGAGAGCAAUGAUAACAACACCAUGCCUUUGCCUAUCCAUACCCCAAAGGCUCCAUACAACGCAAGUGACCCUUCCAAGAUGCGGCUAGCGAAGGCCUAUAGCGCUCACAUUCUACACGUAUUGCAUGUGCUUCUACACGGUAAAUGGGAUGCUAUAUCUAUGCUGGACGACGGCGACGAUUGGAUCACGUCGAAGAGAUUCAACGAGUGCGCGUCUCACGCCAUUUCUGCAUCACAAUCGGUCUCGACCAUCUUGACCAUUGACCCGGAGCUAACAUUCAUGUCCUAUCUUUUUGGCAUAUAUCUGCUUCAAGGAAGCUUCAUCCUUCUCCUAUUCGCAGACAGGAUGCCGCAAUUGGGUCCCAAUGAGUCAGUGGCGCAGGCAUGCGAGAAUAUCAUUCGAGCCCAUGAGGUGUGCGUUGUGACGCUGAGUACAGAGUUUCAGAAAAACUUCCGUACGGUCCUACGAUCCACUCUAUACAGCGUUCAGGGCGCAGGAACUACAAAUUGGGAUGAGCACCGCUCACGACGCAGAGCUCUAUCCUUGUACAGGUGGACAAAGGGAGCCAAGGGGCUGGCAUUGUAG